AUGGUUGUCACGGAACGGAACAACACCAGCGAAACUUUCUGGUGCGAGUCAGUGCCUCAGGAAUCUUCUAAGGAAGUUUUUGCGUUUCUAAUAAUUACUUUAAUCCUGUGUGUUUUGGGUAAUAGUGCAGUUUGUAUUAUAGUUUCACGCCAUUACCAGUUACACACUGUGACCAACGCAAAUUUCGUGAACAUGGCCGUAAUUCAAAUGCUCUUUGCAUUGUUCUCCAUUCCGCCGUAUCUGCAACUAUCAAGUUCAAGGUCUAAAGUGGAAAACAUUGAAUGGCUUUGCGUUCUUAUUGGAUUUACUUUUGAGCUUUUUUCAGCUCUUUCGAACCUAGCGUUAACUCUUGUCGCUGUGGAACGCUAUUAUGUUAUCAGCAAUUCGGGCAAGAGGAAAAUUUCGGCCAAGACUACGGGAAGACUUGUAGUCUUUGUCUUCAUCUUGGCACUGGCUUUUGCGGUUUCAUGGACAGUUCUGGCAGAAGGCCCGAGCCCAUGUUUGACUUCUUCAAUCUUGUCGUGUUUUCCUCUAAUAAGCGCUCAUAAAACGAAAACUUUACGAACUCUGAACAUCAUUUACGUUACGAUUUGUUUUUUCCUUCCUAUGCUACUAAUGGCUGUAUUAUUUGUGAAAAUGUCCAAAUUACUUUGGAGUGGAUUUAGCAAGGUACGACCUCUUGGAGUUGGAAAUCGAAACACUAUUCGCUUCUUUGCUGAAAUCAAAACAACAAGGACAAUGUUCUUCAUAUCAAUUCUUCAUUUCUUCUGCUGGCUGCCACUUUGCAUAAUUUCCAUUUAUUUAUCUCUUCCACGUAAAACCAGCGAGCGUUAUCCAGGAUCAGCGACAGCAAAAAUUGUUACAAUUUGUCUAGCGCUAGUUUCCUCUUGUGCAAACCCUUUGAUGUAUGCGCUACGAAAUCCGCGAUUUAGUAUAAUUCUUAGACCGAAUAGAAGGUCAAAAGGAAAGAAACGGGUUCAAUUUUACAAGGAACAAGAAAAUUGCGAAAGCUGUAUUGCGAAGCCACCUGUAUCUUGGGCACAAAGAUCAAUUUGUUCGGUUAUAUAUGACGGGAGUAGAAGCGACGAAACACACGCGACAUCUUCAACAGUGCUGUCGUAA